CUUUACGUUGUAGCUUGGAACCACCACGACCAAAACAGCUUGUUCACGAUUAAGAAAGGAGAUGACUAUUGGUACACUCUUGAAGGCGUUAACUGUGUAAACAUGGCGUAUAAAGACCACAAGCUUUACCUAUUUACAUUUGAUAGCUACGUCAAGAUUUUUGAUUUCUCUGGAGAUUUCCCUAACAAAGUCACCCGAGGAAACCCGUACCGUAACCAUCCGUUUCGCUAUGAUUUGCAACCUGAGGAAUCCGUUUGGAAGGUGAAGGUUGCGAUUACAAACUCGGGGGAUGUUUUGAUCGUUGUGAGUAUGAAAGGGUUAGAAGAGAAACGUUUCUUUAACAUGUUCAAGAUGAAUAUGGAAAGUGGUGACUGGGAAAGAGCAGAAUCUCUUGCAGGUGAGGUGUUGAUAUUUGGUCAUGGUGUAACAAUCAAAGAUGUUAAUGGUUUGGGAGUCAAGAGUGAUUCAAUCUGUUUUGGUUAUGAUGAUCUUUCCCCAAGUGGCUGUCUUAACCCAACAGAAAAAGUAAGUCUGGUGUGUUUGAUCUUGCGACAAGUUCUGGAAGAGUUUCUGGUUUGCUCCUGGACAUGUUCGUAAGUCUUCGAUCAGAAGUCUAAA